CCACAGGCUCCUGGGAACCCCAUGGCUCCGUGUGCACGGGCGGGGGUGGGGUGUUCCCGGAGGCCGUCGCAGCCUCCUCGGUUCCCGUAGAGUCCCGCGUGAGGCUCGUGCGGGUUGGGGUGUGCGCGCCCUCGAGUCACCCCCAAGUCUCGGUUUUCGCUGCCGUCGAGCCUCAAGCUAGCCCCGCCGGGAUUGGGGUGUCCUCGGAUUGGGUCUUGCUGGCCGGAAGUCAGCGCUGUAUAGAGGGGACUCUUCUGAGCUCUGGUGCGGAGGACGCCGCUCUGACGGCGCGUCCCUAGGCGGGAGUCAAACCGCGGACUCCAGAGAUGGAUCCUGGUGAUGCAGCCCAACAGGAAGCAAAACAAAGGGAAGCAGAAAUGAGAAACAGUAUCUUAGCCCAAGUUCUGGAUCAGUCAGCCCGGGCCAGGUUAAGUAACUUAGCACUUGUGAAGCCUGAGAAAACGAAAGCAGUGGAGAACUACCUUAUACAGAUGGCACGGUAUGGACAGCUGAGUGGGAAGGUGUCAGAACAAGGGUUAAUAGAAAUACUCGAGAAAGUCAGCCAACAGACAGAAAAGAAAACAACAGUGAAAUUCAACAGAAGAAAAGUAAUGGACUCAGAUGAAGAUGAUGAUUACUAAAGAGGACGUGCUUAGACAGACCCACGGAGCAGGUCUAGGACAGUUACCACCUGUAAAUGUUUACUUUGUUCCCUGUCUAUAUGCCUUUUGAAAAAAAUAAACUUGUACCUCAAACUCAAA